UGAAGAAAAACCCACAAAACUCACCAAAACAUCCCCACAUUUCUUCUUCAUUUUCUCAAAAAUACUUCCCAACUUCCUUUCUCUCUCUACAGACCACCCUUUCUUUCUCUAAAACUCAAAUGGCUCCUGAACUUGUGAGUGCAACCACCAAGGCUACCAGCCUGGUCAAGGCAGCCAGCCUGACGAGCCGGGCUUAUGUGACAUUCUUGGCAGGGAAUGGUGACUACGUGAAGGGCGUGGUUGGGCUGGCCAAGGGCCUGAGGAAGGUCAAGACUGCGUACCCGCUAGUGGUGGCGGUCCUGCCUGACGUGCCUGAGGAGCACCGCCGUAUGCUGUUAGCUCAGGGCUGCAUAGUCCGUGAGAUCGAGCCGGUGUACCCGCCAGCGAACCAGACCCAGUUUGCUAUGGCCUACUAUGUCAUCAACUACUCCAAGCUUCGUAUCUGGGAGUUUGUGGAGUACCAUAAGAUGAUAUAUUUGGACGGAGACAUCCAGGUGUUUGAAAAUAUAGACCACCUCUUUGACAACCCAAAUGGCUACUUCUAUGCUGUGAAGGAUUGUUUCUGCGAGAAGACAUGGUCUCAUACCCCACAGUACCAGAUUGGGUACUGCCAACAGUGCCCUGAUAAGGUCCAGUGGCCUAGAGAGUUGGGUCCUAAGCCUCCCCUCUACUUCAAUGCUGGCAUGUUUGUGUUCGAGCCUAGUCUCCCAAUUUAUGAUGACCUCUUAGAGACCCUCAAAAUCACUCCGCCUACCCCUUUUGCUGAGCAGGACUUUUUGAAUAUGUUCUUUAAGGAUGUCUACAAGCCUAUCCCACCAACUUACAACCUUGUUUUGGCCAUGCUUUGGCGUCACCCAGAAAACAUUGAACUUAAUAAAGUGAAAGUUGUUCACUACUGUGCCGCGGGAUCAAAGCCAUGGAGGUAUACUGGAAUUGAAGAGAACAUGAAAAGGAAAGACAUUAAGAUGGUAGUGAAGAGCUGGUGGGACAUAUACAAUGAUGAGUCAUUGGAUUAUAAGAAGACUAACACAUCACCCAUUGAAGGUGAAGCUGACAAAUUCAUGGCGGCAACGGUGUCACAGGCUAACGCUGGUCAUUACAUUACCGCCCCAUCUGCUGCCUAGUUUUUUUUUGGCAAGCUAAGGACAGUAAUAAUAUUAAUGCCUAAACAUAUUUUUCUGGUUUUUGGUUAUGUAUAGGCUUUUCAAAGUUAAGAAGGUGGCCUUUUAUUUUUGAAGUUGGCUUACCUUUUAGUGGAAGAUUGUUGCAAUUAAGGAAGAUAGAGAUUGCUUUUGGUUUCUGAUUAACUUGUAUUCGUUGGGUAUGUGAAUAUUUGAAAAUUUAUGAUUGUACUAAUAUAUUUCAUAGUUUACAAGUGUUGAAUCCA